GGAACCUAUUGUGUGCACUAUGCUCGAUGACGAACAACACAUGAAACUCGACAACAUAUGAUUUGGCUCGCUUGUUUAAACGUAAAAUGAGCUGGUAGCUUCACGUGUCUGUCUGAACGUUGGUGAACGGGUUCAACGUUAAAAAUGAUGGCAUUUAUUGCCCAUCCAUCAGUGAGAAUCAAGGACGGUGAACACACCUACAACCCAGUGGUGUGUCAGGAAGAAAAUUGCACAGGCAGAAACAAGGGUGUUCAUAUGCACUGCCCUCUCUGCACAGUGGCUGAAGCUUAUCAGGAUUCUGUCAUUCUACGAGCUCACUUUCGUAUCAAACAUCUGGACAAGGGCAUUGACUUUGGUGGCCUUAAGGUGCUUAGAUGUUGCAACCAUUGUGAAAUAGUUGGCACCAUUAAAGGGGAGAAAAGGUUCAAAGGCGCCCACUGGCACUGCUAUCGUUGCCGAAAUGGUUUCAACCGCAGAGAUGAGGCCAUCAAACACUUCAAGACCCAUUUUCGAAACCCCCACACCACCUUCCAGAUUCAGGUCACCCAGGAAGUCAACUGUCGCCAGUACUAUGACAAUAGUGCAGAGGCACACCCCAAGGCAUAUGGAGGGCCAACGGUGUGCCCGGACUCCGGGCUUGAGGGUGUUGCGCUAUCAACCAUACUGGGCCAGCCUUGUCAGAACAGCAACAGCGAAACCCUGCACGCCGUGGAGCCAAAGGUUCCAUAUAUAUCUCACGAAUUGUGCAAUGUGAACAAUGGAUUUCUUGUGGCGUCUGAGGAGGAGGUGGACCCUUCCCAGCAUGCCUUGGACCGAACCCAGACACUGGUGCUCAUGGACCCAGAUAGGCAGACUGGCAGCCUGAUUUAUGAAGAGGCUGCAAGCAUCAUUGAAGAACAGAGCGGGGAAAGCCUGGAGCAGGCCCUGCAAAUGGAGAAGCAGAUUCUGGAGCUCCAGCAACAGAAUGAGGCUCUUAGACUGGAGAAGCAUAUCAUGGAGAAGAAACUGAGGGCAGAAAUACAGAGACUCCAAGAUCAGGUGUCUACUGUGGUGCAGUCCAACCUCAAACUGUCAGAAGAACUGAAACAGUACCGCUCAGUCGAAAACUGUCAACAAAGAGUCAACCAGCUGGUGAUGAGUUUGGAGGAGCAACACCGCAAUCUCAUCCAAGCUCAGCUAGCCACACUGACCCAAGAGUUGCUGUGUCCGGCAGAGGCAGUACCCAUGAACGGCCACAUGAGAGCAGCAGAGCUUUCUGUCGGUAUGGACAAAGUGGCAGUGAAGGAGCGUGAGGCGAGAGACGCAGUGGAAGGGCAGAUGGACUGUUAUUCAGAGAGUUUAGUGCCUGUACCAGACUGUGAGGGUGUGCAGCCUGGGCAGGAGGAGUUUGUUGCUGGGAUUGAUAGCUUGGAGUCUGCCGCUUUGGUCGUCCAGACCACCAUAGCGCCCCACGACAUGAACGAGGACUUGUCAAGGAAGCGGAGGCCCAAAGAUGAACCACGAGGGGACGAGGAAACCAAAUUGCGGCGCGUCAGUUGAGACGAUGCACUUUUCGAUUUCUAACUCGGUUUCUCUUGUUUUCAAUCCCUUUCUCUUUACUUCAUCCACACACAAUGAUACCAAUAGCGUUCUUCAAAAAAAAGUUCACCAAGAAAGAACUCCAAGAUAAACAUAUUUCUUUGUUUUAAUUCAAUUACUUUUGUCAUCCCUCCCGUGUAGUGUGUGAGCUUAUCCGGUUGUGCUGGCUACCUGCUUUAUACUUGUAUUAGAAGCACAGAGGCUGCAUUAAAACAAGGAAACUCGCUUUUUUUUGGUAGGCUAACGGCAGACUGUCAUCACUCUUCUACCCAUUGUAUUAGUUACCAUGCAUUGCAUUCUCAUUAAUAGGGCCAUUUACAUAUUUGACGUAUUUUCCCUUAUGAUGUAGAUACUUUUUAAAAUGACUAUAACAAUUGUAAUUCACUACCUUUAGUAUGACAGUGGAAUAAAAACAAAGCUUAUCUAAACAUG